CCAUUUUGACGAGGAUUUCACAUGGGUGUGACCGAAUAGUUCCGAGUGUUUAUUAGGCACAUGAUUGUUGGUUUUGAAAUAUUCAUGCCACUGUUUUCUUUUAAGUCAUUUAGUUUAUAUAUAUCUAGGAUUAGCAUAUAGGGGAAGGAUUUGAUAUUCUGCUUCGUCUUAAGACCAUUAAACCAUUCUACAGAUUUUAUCAAAUGGCUGAUUCUGACAAAUUAAACAUCGACAAUAUUAUAGCCCGACUUCUGGAAGUAAGAGGAUCUCGUCCAGGUAAAAAUGUACAGUUAAGUGAAGCAGAAAUUCGUGGAUUGUGUUUAAAGUCACGAGAGAUAUUUCUCAGCCAACCCAUCCUCUUAGAAUUAGAGGCUCCUCUUAAAAUAUGUGGAGAUGUUCAUGGGCAGUUUUAUGAUCUUUUACGACUUUUUGAGUAUGGGGGAUUCCCUCCAGAGAGUAACUACUUAUUCUUGGGGGAUUAUGUAGACAGGGGGAAGCAGUCUUUGGAGACAAUAUGCCUAUUAUUAGCUUAUAAAAUAAAAUAUCCAGAAAACUUUUUCCUUCUUCGUGGAAACCAUGAAUGUGCCAGUAUCAACAGGAUUUAUGGUUUUUAUGAUGAAUGUAAAAGAAGAUACAACAUUAAACUCUGGAAGACGUUCACAGACUGUUUCAACUGUUUGCCAGUAGCUGCUAUUGUUGAUGAAAAGAUCUUCUGUUGUCAUGGAGGUUUAAGUCCAGAUCUUCAGUCGAUGGAACAAAUUCGGCGUAUAAUGCGACCCACAGAUGUACCAGACCAGGGGCUCUUGUGUGAUUUACUUUGGUCAGACCCAGAUAAGGAUGUCAUGGGAUGGGGAGAAAAUGAUCGUGGUGUUUCCUACACGUUUGGUGCUGAUAUAGUAGCCAAGUUUCUACACAAACAUGAUCUGGAUUUAAUAUGUCGAGCUCAUCAGGUUGUAGAAGAUGGAUAUGAAUUCUUUGCAAAGCGUCAGCUGGUGACACUUUUCUCAGCUCCAAACUACUGUGGUGAAUUUGACAAUGCAGGGGCCAUGAUGAGUGUCGAUGAAACACUCAUGUGUUCAUUUCAGAUCCUGAAACCUGCUGACAAGAAAAAUUUUCCAUAUGGCAAAAUGACUUCAAAUCGUCCAAUCACACCUCCUCGAGGCCAGUUGAGCAAGAAAAACAGCAAAAAAUGACACUAUCCUGUUAAAACUGUCAAUGUUUAAAGUGUUUUCUGGAUGAACAGUUAGGUGGAAAUUUCCUGUUCAAUAUGGGCACAUGGAUACCAGAAUAAAAAGCUUCAUCAAAUAUUCAGUUCUAAGCUUUCAUAGUUGCAAAAUAUACAUAUAUUUUGAAAAAGUUUUAUUUUUCUUAAUUUGCAUAGUUGCAUAUCAUAGAUAUGCCCAUAACCACCUGGUUUAUUCCUAUCAGAACAUUCUUUGAUUUUAGGUUGUACAGUGGAUAUUACAAAUUGCUUAUGAUAACCUUUUUAUUCCUGUUUCAAUAUAAGUUUAUUUUUAGAUGUGAUCAGAAUUUCUUACUUGACAUCAAUUUGGGUGUUUGCUGUUACUGCUAAAGACCUACAGGUUUUCAGAAGUGAAAUAUUUCAUGUAUAUACAGACACAUAUUUCAUCUAUAAAUGUUGCACAAAUUUUUAUGAUAUUAGUUUUGUUAAAAUGUUGACCAAGAAUACAAACUUGUAUACAGUUUAUAGCUAAACAAAACUGUACUUAUAAAAAAGAGGUUUGAAAAAUGAUGUCAGUUAUAUUUAAAACCUUGGAUACUAGAAUGUUAACUGUAAGUUAAAAGACUUUAUUGUUUAAAAAUAAUGUGAUGAAAUGUGCUACAGGUAAAAAUGUUACGACUGUUUCAAUCAUGUUUUGCUGCAUACAGAAAUUAUACUAAGGUAGGGUAUAUGUUCAAAAAUUUAAUUUUACAACAAUUCCUCUUCCAUGAGUUGACCACCUUGAUGAACUAUAUGAUAAUGCUCUGUAUGUACCCAGUCAUAGUCCAAAUCAAUGUCUUGCAAAGUGCAGUGAAAGUGUUAUUGAAAUUAAAUAAUUAGGAAUGAUAGGUAGAUGCACAGUGGGAUAAAAGGUGACCGGUCUGAGUCUAGUGUAAUCAGAUUUCAUUUGUUGCUUCUACAUUAUUCUGAGAAUCUAUGCUAAGAACUGUUUUCAAAUAACCUUUGGUUUUCUUCCAGUUUAUACUGAUGCAAAGAAAUAUGAUCACGAUAUUUUAUCGGUUAUGUUUUGUGAUACAGUAACUUGAAAAAAAAACAACUUCAACAGUAUAUAGUGCCUAGUAAAUAGUAGCAGUACAGUACUUAAUGAUGCGUUACAUGUGAAUGUGUUAAGAAAGUUAAGAAAUUGCUUAAUAUUAUGUUAUGCAAGAGGACAUUAUAAUGGUCGUAAUAAAAUUAUAUUAAAAUAUA